AUGAUUAGCCCUUCUACUAAUACAGGUACUCCUGCAGCUGCUUAAUGCGCGCCAUGUCCUAGUGGUAGUGCUAAUGCCUCUGGAGCUUCAACUCCAGGAGAUCCAUCUUAGUGCAAUAUAUGUUAAAUAAAUUUUUAUAUGACUGCGGCUUCUUCAGCUGGUACAUCUGCAAAAUGUUUAUAAUGCCCAAUAGGUACUGGAACUCCUACUGGAGCCACAAGUAUUGGAAAUAUUUCUUACUGCAGUAUCUGUUUAGCUAAUUACUAUAUGAAUUAAGCCUCUGUCUCUGGAACUUCAGCUGCUCAAUGUAUUAUUUGUCCCAAUAAUAGUGGAAAUACUGGAGCUAAUAUUCCUGGCAAUCUUUCUUAAUGUAAUACUUGUUUAAUUAACUAUUAUAUGACUUUAGCUUCUGUUUCUGGAGCUACUCCUUCAGCUGCUUAAUGUGCAUAAUGCCCUUAAGGCACUGGAAAUACAUCUGGACCUACAACAUAAGGAGAUAUUUCUUAAUGUAAUUCAUGCUAAGCGAAUUAUUUUAUGACUUAAAUCGCUGCUACUGGAACUACUCCAUAACAAGCUUAAUGUUCACCAUGCUAAGGUGGUAGUGGAAAUACCGUUGGGCCUACAACCGUAGGAGAUGUAUCUUAAUGCAAUACUUGUUAAGCAAAUUAUUAUAUGACUUAAAUGUCUGUAUCUGUUGUAUCUGGAGGUUCAGGGACUCCUCAAUCUGCAUAAUGCUCCCCAUGUCUAGGUGGUAGUGGAAAUACCGUUGGGCCUACAACUGUAGGAGAUGUUUCUUAAUGUAAUACUUGCUAAGCAAAUUAUUAUAUGACUUAAAUGUCUGUAUCUGUUGUAUCUGGAGGUUCAGGUUCUCCUAAAUCUGCUUAAUGCUCCCCAUGUCUAGGUGGUAGUGGAAAUACUCUCGGGGUUACUACCUAAGGCAAUGUUUCUUAAUGCAAUACUUGCUAAGCAAAUUAUUAUAUGACCAGCCCUUCUACUGCUACACCUACUCCUGUUGCAGCUGUAUGUUCAUAAUGCCAAAAUGGUAGUGGGAAUACUUCUGGAGUUACCUCACCAGGUGACCAAUCUUAGUGCAAUACAUGUUAACCAAAUUAUUAUAUGACCUCAGCAUCUGUAGGAACUUCAGCUGCUAUAUGCUCUUAGUGCCCUAAUGGUACUGGCAAUAUUUCUGGCUCUACUACUCCUGGAAACGCAAAUUAAUGUACAACUUGUUAAAUAAACUAUUUUAUGUUAUCAGCUGCUGUUCCUGGAGUUUCCCCUCCUUAAUGUAUAUAAUGCCCAAAUGGAAGUGGAAAUACGAUCGGGCCAACUAUUUAAGGAGAUCUCUCUCAAUGUAAUAUCUGUUAAGCAAAUUAUUAUAUGACUGCAGUUGUAGUUACUGGACCUUCUCCCUAAUCUUCUUAAUGUUAGAAGUGUCCGAAUGGUAGUGGAAAUACUUCUGGAGCAAUUAAUAUAGGCUUAAAUUACUGCAAUACUUGUUAACCAAAUUAUUAUAUGACAGCUGCUUCAACUUCUAGCUCCUCUGCUUAAUGCACAGCUUGCCCUUAUGGUACUACAAAUAUUAUCGGUGCCUCAACUCCAGGAGAUGCUUCAAGUUGUUCAAGCUGUUCUGUUAAUUUUUAUAUGUAAUAAAGCUCCACUCCUCCUUCUGCUAGUUCACCUGGAGUACCAGCUUAAUGCAGUUAAUGUCCUUCUGGUUCAGGAAAUUCUAGUGGGCCUACUAUAGUAGGUGAUUAAUCUUAAUGUAAUAUUUGUUAGCAAGCAUUCUAUAUGACUGCUGCUGCUGUUCCCGCCAAUAAAUCCCCUGCAAAAUGUUCUCCUUGUCCUACUGGGGUUUCUGUCUCUGGCCUUCCUACAACUUCUACAAUCUAAACUAUUACUUCCUGCAAUUAAUGUUUAAUAAAUUAUUAUUUAACUGCAGCAAAUACAUCAUCUGCAGCUGCAUAAUGCAUAGUUUGCCCAACAGGUAGUGGAACUUUAUCUCCUAAUUCAACAGUAGGAGAUAUAUCUUAAUGCAAUAUAUGUAUUGCAAAUUAUUAUAUGACUUCUCCUGCAAUGCUAGCAACUUCUUCAGGCUCUUCAGCUUCAGCUGCAUAAUGCAGUGCUUGCCCCUCUUAUUCCUCUGUUAACUCUUCAUAUUUAGUCGGUUAAAUAUCCUAAUGUGUUUGCUACGAUCCUAAUGCAAAUCCAAUAUCAACAACUUAAAAUUUUUGUGCUUGUAAAAAUGGUUUCUCAGGUUUAGUUGCUUCAUAUUAAGGAGCUCCUACAGGAUGCAAACAAUGUCCUGCAGGUAAUUUUUCUUAUUAAGGAUCCCCUUGUUAGCCUUGUGCUUCAGGCUCAGUUUUAAGCGCUGAUCAAGGAGGCUGCACUUGUUAUGACUCAAGUACAGGAACUUCUAAAUGGGAUCCUACUACUAAUAUUUGUUAAUGUCAAGCCAACUACUAUGGAGAUCCAUCUAAAGCUACAGCUGGAACAACAGGUUCUUGUUAACCUUGUCCAUCAGGUACAGUAUCUAAAGCAGGAGCUGCUAAAACAGCUAACGACUGUCUUCAAUAAUUGUCAGUAACCACUACAAAGUAAAAUUAAUUAGGUUUUUAAGUAUUAAUCUUAAUUACUUUCUUUAUUUUCAUUUGA